AAACUGGCAACUGCUUUCUGUCAGUCGAUCGACUACCAUCAUAAAGUUGCGGUUUGACCGAAGCUUAGACACAACUUUAAUGUUCAUGCGUAGCGUGCGUCAUGGCGAGGUCAAAGGCGAGGGUUUACACUUGCUGCGCUCUGAUUCUUCUCAUCUUGGUGGCUAUCAUUGUGUGUAUUGCUGUACUGGUGAGGCGCAAGUGUCCGGAUGACACUUUCUCAAGAGCUGCAGUGGCUGCAGACUCUCAGAAAUGUUCGGAGAUUGGACGAGACAUCCUCAAACAAGGAGGCUCUGCGGUAGAUGGCGCCAUUGCCGCAUUGUUGUGCACGUCCAUCAUGAACCCGCAAAGUAUGGGCGUCGGAGGAGGGUCAAUAUUCACAGUUAUGAGCAGCUCUGGUGAAGUGAAAAUCAUCAACUCCAGAGAAAUUGCACCACAGGCAGUUAAUCCUAACCUCUUAAAGUCGUGUGCUGCUGCCAUCCAGAUCACACCAGAUGCCCAGUGGAUUGGGAUCCCGGGGGAAAUUCGAGGUUAUGAAAAAGCCCACAAGCUGUAUGGGAAGCUGCCAUGGGCCAAGCUUUUCCAGCCGACCAUUCAGAUGGCCAGAGAAGGGUUCCCUGUUCCUCAGAUCCAAGGACGAUACAUUCCAUUCGUCAAUGAUUCCAAGGCGCUACGUAAGAUCUUUUCAGAUGAGAAUGGAAACUUGCUGAAAAUUGGUGACAUUGUGAAGUUUGAGAAACUGGCUGACACUUUGGAGAUAAUCGCUAAUCAAGGGGCAGAUGCCUUCUACAAUGGAACAAUAGCAAAGGAUUUAAUCCAUGACAUACAGGAGGCAGGGGGAACACUCACGCUGCAGGACUUGGCAUCAUAUAAAGCCACAGUGUCUGAUGCGUGGGCUUUUCCUUUGGGAGAGUACCAGAUGUAUAUACCCCCACCCCCUGCAGGAGGCAUCAUCCUCAGCCUCGUACUGAACAUCAUGAAAGGUUAUAACCUUAAUUCAGCGUCUGCAACGGGGGAAGAAAAGACGCUGACCUAUCACCGCUACAUUGAGGCUUUCAAGUUUGUCAAUGGACUGAAGAAACACAUCCGUGAUCCUAACUUCAGCUCAGAAAAGUUCCCACAGAAGAAACUCAUGGAGGAUAACUUUGCCAACCUCAUCAGGAAAAUGAUCAGCAGUGAGAAGACUCAUGAUGCCCAGUAUUACAACAUCACGCCCCAUCUGGACAGCAUAGGCACCACCCAUGUGUCUGUUCUAGCUGAGGAUGGAUCUGCAGUUUCUGCCACUAGCAGCAUCAACUACAUUUUCGGCUCAAAGGUCUUCUCUCCGAGGACUGGAGUUAUCCUCAACAACCAACUGUCUGACUUCUGUUGGAGAGUUGACAACAUUUAUCCUGGGGAACAGCCUCCCUCCUCCAUGUCUCCCGCUGUGCUAAAGUCUCAGACAAAGACGCUGGUGAUUGGAUCGACUGGUGGGAGUAUGAUCACGACUGGAAUCGCCUCUACACUCAUGAACCACCUCUGGUUUGGGAAGAGCCUUAAAGAGGCAAUAGCUGCACCAGUUGUUUUUGUCAAUUCCACAAAUGCAGUGAGGUUUGAAUCUCACUUUGAUAAAAAUGUAAUCCAGGCUCUGAAAAAUAUGGGACAUGAUCUAGACACGGCAGGGAGAUUCUUCAACGUGGUCCAAGCUGUAGAGAAGGAAGAUGGCUGUAUCUGUGCUGUGUCGGAUGCCAGGAAACUAGGCAAAGCAGCUGGUUACUAAAAAAAAAAAAAAGAAUCAAUGACAUGGAUUUUUUUGGAUGGCCUCUAGGUUACUGACACUUGUGAAGCCACGAAACCACAAAAAAAAAAAAAAAAAAGAAAAAACUGCAACAGAUGGUGUUUGUCUGGCUGGAAAAUCACUGAAUAAGGCA